AUGGGCUGUGUCCGAUCAGGCUGUGGUGUUUAUUGGGAUAAGAAACAAAUGGCCGGUUUAGGGUAUUAUGUUGUUGGUUUAUCAGUUGAUUCUAUGUUGACCCCAAAGGGGAUAGGGUAUUAUGAUGGUGAGAUAUUCAACUGGCAUGCAGAGAAGGUGGGAACCAGCGAGUCUGAGAUUACAAAAGUGGACGCCACGACCCCUGCCUUUGUGAUUACACGAGAGAAGGCGACAACCAGUGAGUCUGAGAUUACAAAAGUGGACGCCACGACCCCUGACUUUGUGAUUACACGAGAGGAGGCGACAACCAGUGAGUCUGAGAUUACAAAAGUGGACGUCACGACCCCUGCCUUUGUGAUUACACGAGAGGAGGCGACAACCAGUGAGUCUGAGAUUACAAAAGUGGACGCCACGACCCCUGACUUUGUGAUUACACGAGAGGAGACGACAGCCAGCGAGUCUGAGAUUACAAAAAGGGACGUCACGACCCCUGCCUUUGUGAUUACACUAGAGGAGGCGACAACCAGUGAGUCCGAGAUUACAAAAGUGGACGCCACGACCCCUGACUUUGUGAUUACACGAGAGGAGGCGACAACCAACGAGUCUGAGAUUACAAAAAGGGGCGCCACGACCCCUGCCUUUGUGAUUACACGAGAGGAGGCGACAACCAGUGAGUCUGAGAUUACAAAAGUGGACGCCACGACCCCUGACUUUGUGAUUACACGAGAGGAGGCGACAACCAACGAGUCUGAGAUUACAAAAGUGGACGCCACGACCCCUGACUUUGUGAUUACACGAGAGGAGACGACAGCCAGCGAGUCUGAGAUUACAAAAAGGGACGUCACGACCACUGCUUCUGUGAUUACACGAGAGGAGGUGACCACCAGCGAGUCUGAGAUUACAACAGAAAAGGUCUCAACCUCUGAAUCUGAUAUUAUAUUAGGGGAGGUCACAAUUACUGAAUCUGACAUUAUAUUAGGGGAGGUCACAACGGGGGUCACAACCACUGAAUCUGUGAUUUCAACAGAAGAGGCAACUGAAAUCGAGUCUGAGAUUACAAGAGGGAAGGUCACAAGCACCAAAUCUGAGAUUAUAACAGGAAAGGCCACGACCACUGAAUCUGUGAUUUCAUCAGAGUUGGUAACAACCAGCGAGUCUGAGAUCACAACAGGGGAGGACUUAAGCGGUGAUUUUUCAUCAUGCGAAACGCUGCACAUUACAUAUGACACGAGUCGUAGCAUGCCUCAGCGUCCAUUAUUUGGGUUAUACUUACGUUCGAACACGACUUUCGAUGGGCGUCCAGUUUACAUGUUAGAGGAAACAACUUUAAACAGAUACAAUGUAACACUCUACCAUACUACAACAGCUAUGACAAACGAAUGGGUGAUUAGUGAAACAGCUGGACAGCGGGAACAUGUACUUAUUCGGAUUUUCGAUGAUGCUAUGUUCCCGGAGUUUGUCCAAAAAGAUGCGUUAUCAAAGGGAUUCUUUAACGACGAAUGGAUGGACAUUCCCUCACUGCAGUUUAAUUGUUUCAAAGAGAAAACCCCGUGUAAAACUAUAUACUUAGACUCACAAGAUUGGACGCCGGGAGGUGUUACUCCAUCGGACACUUACAUAUUUGGGAUUUGGACAUUGGAUACGACUCAAAAAUUCAACAAUCGAGUUGUGUACCGCCAUGAGAGGCUUGAUAAUGAUCUGUACUUAUUUAGAGUUCAACCUUUGUCGUGGGUUAUGCAGAUAGGGUCUCCUAAAAGUACAGAUUUGAAUUCUUCAAUUGCCCCUUUGGCCAUAAGUAAUGAUUCAAGUAUAUACCCAGAAGACAUUACAGCCCCGAUCGCUAUGCUUGACAGCAGUGGGAAGCAUACAUGGACUAUAGACACAUUCGCUUGUUUUUCAGUUGAAAAUACAUGCGAUGCUCUAAAUGUUAGUAGUACUAGUCAAAAUUGCCAAGAUGAGGAAUUCGUCGGUAUUUACGAUAAGAGUGGAGAAACGCAUUCUCGACCAUACUACCGGAAAAUUGACGAUCCAAAAUAUUUCCUUGGAUUCAGUUUCGUGCAGGAGUCCAUUCCAAUAUGGAGUUUUAUAUUCACCAAUCUGUUUGUUGGUUAUAUUUAUGAGUUCACACCAGACCCUCUAAAAAUUCGUAAAAAGUCCUUGACUAUGGAAUGCAUUGAUAACCCUAAACUAACAACAGUGCUUGACAUAACCACAGAGGCAACAGCUAAUGCUGACAUCAAAACAAGGUCUGCUAUUACCACUCAGUUAGACGUUGAGACAAAAGAUUCUACAACCACAACGAGUGCUGUAUCAACUGAGUCUGGGUUUGAAAUAGGGGCUGUUAAAACGAUUGAGCAUAGUGAUGCUAUAGACGAAAAUCUCACAACUGAGCCUCAUAUUAUAACAGAGUCUGGUUUAAAAAUUGUGUCUGACAAUACAAUAGAAGUUGCAAUUGAUCCUGACUACACAACAGAGUCUACUUUGGCAAUCAAUACUGACGCUACAACUGAGGAUGCAACAACAAUUAAGCUUGAUGCUACAACUGAGGAGGAAACAAGUAAUUCUGCUGCUACAGCUAAGGAUGCAACAACAGCUAAGCCUGAUACUACAACUGAGGAUACAACAACUAAGUCUGAUGCUACAACUGAGGAUGCAAAAACAGCUCGGCCUGAUGCAACAACAUCUCAGCCUGAUGCUACAACAACUGAAGAUGCAACAAUAACUAUGCCUAAUGUUAUAACACAUGCUAUAAACGCCAGAACUGAUGUUAUGACAACAAUUAAACAUGAGGGUAUACUCGAGGACGCUGCUACAACAAAGGCGGUUGUCACAAACGAAACAAUGCGGUUGUCCACCGGUCCAGCGGAUACCACGUCAACAGAGAGCAGCAUAUCGAACAAAAGAAACAACGUUACAGCGUGUUAUAACAAAUGUAGCAAAGGAAUGGUGCAAAAUAUGAAUGGCGAAUGCGUUGUUGGAAAAACAUUUCAAAUUGAGAUUACAUUCUCUCUUCGCUGGGACGACAGACUGGUGAAACCAUCGCAAAUGUACAUUCAGAUGGAGUCUGACAUACUUUGUUCAGCAGAACGGGGUUUUACUCCUAUGAUAACAAUGACAAUUGGUUUGAACUUGACUAAUCUAUCACCUGGAUCUAUAAUAGCAAACCUUACUGUUACUGCUGCUCCAAUAAAUGAGUCAAUGGCUGACUACAACGUUACGCUAAAGGACAUCGUUCAUGCAUUUGAUGCGAGAAGGGCGAGUGGAGGCAAAGAGAACCUUCCAUAUACACCAGAUUCUAUUACCGGUGCAAGUGCUAUGUAUCCAUAUUUGUGUAUGAAAGAUUACAACGAGUGUGCCGAUCAAGAGGAUCUAGCAAUGAGAUGUGAUGAGGCGGCCAGGUGUAUAAAUACGAUUGGAUCAUUUGAAUGUGUUUGUCCUGUUGGUACGAUAGAUGUCAGUCCUGAUCCUACAUUCACAGGGAGAAAAUGUUCAUAUAGCGAAACUGACUCUGGUGUAUACAUCAUAUUAGCUGUCGUUAGUCUGGCGGCAGUAACGGUUGUCUGCAUUAUCGUUUGCUCCAGUCUGAUCUACCUAAAAAGAAAGCGCUCGCGAUUGGAAAGAAAAUUUAUCAAAUAUUUCAACAGGGAUACGACUAGGAGAAUGCCCAUGAGUCGGCUACCCAUGGCGUAUAACGACAUCCAGGGAUUGGGAGAUCAUGGGUCACAAAGUAGGCGCCAAGAGGGAGUCUAUGGUAACAGAGAAUAGAGGAGCAG